UCCAGUCACCUCACCAUGAGGCUCCUAAUACUUUCCAGCCUGUUCUGUAUCCUGCUUCUCAGUUUCUCCAUCUCCUCCUCAGAAGGGAAAAGGCAUCCUGCCAAGUCCUGGAAAUACAGGCACUGCUGCCACAGAGUUCCCAGCCUGACAACCCAGAAAGGAAACUCAUCGAGGCCCUGCAGAAUGUGCAAGCUCAAGCCUCCCUCACAGGCUUGGGUGGUGCCUGGGGCUCUCCCGCAGGUAUAGUUCUUCCAGAGCCAGGCUCCAUACAGCUGAGAUCCUCGUUCCCAGCACCAGAAGCUUUGGUUUUCCCCUUUCAUCGAGUGAGCUGUGAUGUUGGCGGGUGCCAUCUCAGGCAUCGAAGUCCCUGGGAAGGUUCUGGAACUCCAGUCCUGGUCCCAAUCCUGCCACAGUCUUCAGAGCUAUUGUGAACCAGGCUCAGCCGGCAUGACUUUAACC